GCCCUGAGGCCAACUGUUUACUGAAGGUGUUUUGCAAUGACAGAGCUUUAUCCAGCUGACUUCAGAUGGUUUCAGAAAUGAGAAGAGGAUGGCUGAGAAUGGAGAGGACUGCACCCUGUAUCAACCCUGCAAGGUUUCUGAUAAAGGAAACUGUAGUGGCCUUGACAGCAGGACAAACAAAACCUUUGUGGGUGUAAAUUCUACCCAGGAGCACAACGAUGACUGUACAUUUGUUGUUGGAGAUGCAGGAGGCGAGAUCACUACAUACCUACCUCAGCCGCCCGUGGUACCCAGACUUUCAAAGUUCAGCAAAAAAAGUGUUUCAUUGGAGGCAACGUCAAGAACCUGGAGGUUAAGAAACAGCCAGGAGAGCCUGAGUGACAGAGCUGAAACUGGCUCCUCCACCGACUCUCUUAAAGAAGACCAAAGUGUUCUCAGUGAUGUUGGUACUGUCGGGAAUGAGCAGGACUCUCGUGUGAGACCUCGAUCUGUACUCUCAACAGAAUCUCCAGUCUUCGAGGACAGAAAGAGCAGUCUGUCAGAGUAUGAAAGGAAGCCACACAGCCAGGUGCAUGUCCUGGAAAGACAUCUGAAGAGGUCUGCCAAGGUACGGCUGUCCCCAGUGCAGCCUGCAGGGCCUAGUCCUGCUUUAGAGAAGAAAGUUGCCUCAACCAUUUCAAGGGAAGCUAAUAGGAUUGAUAAGGAUUGCUUGGAUAAUGCCAUUAUGGUGAAAGAGAAGACUGAAGAUGGAAUUCACAGGAACAGGAGCCGGCUUCAGGAGACAAUGGGGGAUAGUGCCUCUGUAAAUUCUAUAAAGUCCUUAUACAGCAUCCUUAGCCCCAUCAAACCCGAGGAUGUGAGAAACAGGAGCUUCCUGGAGGGCAGCAUGCUGGGAAACGGUGCCUUGCUCGGGGCCGAGGAGCUGGACCGGUACUUCCCCGACAGGAGAGUAGGCGUCUACGUCGUCACAUGGAACAUGCAAGGGGGGAAGUUCCAUUCAGCCUGCUUGAAUGAUCUCCUCCUUCCAACAGACUCUGAAUUUGCACAAGAUUUUUAUAUCAUUGGAGUUCAGGAAGGCUGCCCUGACAAGAGGGAGUGGGAGACAUGUCUUCAGGAGACUCUGGGACCUCACUAUGUGAUGCUGUACACAGCCUCACAUGGAGUUUUGUACCUCAGUGUAUUUAUUAGGAGAGACCUCAUGUGGUUCUGUUCAGAGGUGGAGCACGCGACGGUCACAACCAGGAUCAUCUCCCAGAUCAAAACCAAAGGAGCCGUGGGCGUUACCUUUACCUUUUUUGGCACUUCCUUCCUCUUCAUAACGUCCCACUUUACAUCUGGAGAUGCCAAAGUUUAUGAGAGAAUUCUGGACUACAACAAGAUCAUCGAGGCUUUAGGUCUUCCUAAAGGCAUUCCUGACACCAACCCUUAUCGUUCAAACCCAUCUGAUGCCACCUCGAAGUUUGAUCAGGUCUUCUGGUUUGGUGAUUUUAACUUUCGGCUAAGCAAGAAUCGGUCUGACGUGGAGACCAUCAUGAAGCAGACAGCUGGCGACGUGGGCCUUCUGCUGGAGCACGACCAGCUCUCCAAAGAAAUGAAAGAUGGUUCGAUCUUCAAAGGUUUUCAAGAGGCGCCAAUAAACUUUCCCCCUACGUAUAAAUUUGACAUCGGCUGCGAUACCUACGACACCACAUCUAAACAGAGGACUCCUUCAUACACGGACAGGAUCCUGUUCAGGAGCAGGCAGGCUAAUGACAUAUCUGUGCUGAAAUACAACAGCUGCUCGGUCGUCAAGACUUCAGACCACCGACCUGUCGUCGCCGCCUUUCAGGUUAAACUCAGGCCGGGAAGAGACAAUAUUCCUUUGUGCGGGGGACUGUUUGAUCGAACUCUGUACUUGGAGGGCAUCAAGAGGAGGAUGACUGCCAGAGAGCAGAAGAGGAAGGAGGCUAUGAAAAACCAAAGUAGCAGCACCGUCUGCAGCAUCUCCUGAAAGGAACUCGAAGGGAUGGACUGGAUCAAACUGCCACAGGUAGAAAAGGAGCAAAAAGGAAACCGCUCUCGUCUUAAAAAGCAGAGCACAUCAGCGUGUGGGUGAAGCUGGCUGCAC